AUGGCCGAGCUCACCGAACCCCCCUGGCACGCCGCCUUCCCUGCCCCCACUCUCACCGCCCCCCUCAUGCCCCAACGCCGCGCCUACCAAAUCCUCUCCAUGCGCAUCGCCAGCCUCCUGAUCAUCGACGUCCGCCGCACCGACUACCUCGGCGGCGCCAUCCGCGGCAGCCUCAACAUCCCCGCCCAAGGCUUCUGGUGGAACCGCGGAAUGCUCUACGAACUCGCCUACAAAGCGGGCAUGGAGUGGGUGGUGUUCACGUGCGGAUCGAGCAACGGGCGCGGGCCGAGGUGCGCCGGGUGGUUUUUGGAGCAUGUGAGGAAUACGGCGCAGGAUCAGGAUAUGCAGGUUAUGGUGUUGGAGGGUGGGGUGAAGGGGUGGGUGAAGGCGGGGUAUGGAGGGUUGAUGGAUGGGUUUGAUGAGGGGUAUUGGGAGGAGUUGUUCUCGAAGGAGGAGGGAAGGGAGGGUGGUGUGGCAACAACCGCUGGUUCUGAGACAGCAGAGCGAGGAGGCGGAAAGGACGUGACAGAGGUUGAGCCAGCAGAGAAGAGCCAGCAGGAGGAAGGUUGA